AUGCCAUUACUGCUUCACUUUUCCCUCGGAGUUCAGAUCCUCCUGCUCUCAUCCAUCCAGCCCUCGCUCCUCCAUCCUCAGCCCUGCCACAUCCUGGCGCAGGUCGGACACACCGUGCGCCUCGGGGCGCUGCUGCCCACCCAGCGUCCGGCGCGGGUCCGGGCGGCACUCGGCCGCGCCCUGACCGCGAUCACCCAAACCGGAAACAAGUUCCUGCCGUACAACCUGAGCCUGGAAGUCGUUCCCCGGCAGCCGGGCGCCGGGGACCCCGAGUCCCUGUUCCGGUGUGUGUGUCAGGCCCUGGUGGUCCGGGGGGUCUCCGCCGUGCUCGCCUUCCCCCAGACUCAGGAAGAGAUCGUACAAGUGGAAUUUAUGGCUUCUUUUUUGGAAAUUCCUUUUCUGAGCAUCAUUGAAAACGGGGAGCCGCUGAAAAGUCAGAACCGUUUCCACCUGCAGAUGAUGACGGGCAUCCCACAGUCGGGCUUGUCAGAGCUCCUCCUCUCUGUGUUGCAGAGGAGCGGCUGGCAGGAGGGUGCAGCAGUGUUGUGUCGGGACUGGGAGGAGGCCGAUGCGCUGCUGCAGCUGCUGGAGCAUCACAGCAGAUUGUGGCGUCUCCGCGCGCUCCUUAACCUCACUCAGUCAGUGCAGGAUGACACCCAGAUCUAUGACUUCCUGUCCCGACACUUAAGGCCGAGCCAACCCUCGCCUGCCUCUGUGCUGCUGUUUGGUACCGACCCGCAGUGUGCAUCCAUGGUGCUGCGCAGUGCCCAGGACUUGGGCCUCACCCUGCCCACUGUGCACUGGAUCUUGGGCCGGCCGCUGAGCCCAGACGAGCUGCACUCCAUUGGGCUUCCGCUGGGCCUGCUGGCAUACGGCCGGGUGGAGCAGAAACCGCUGGACUUCUACAUCCGCGACGCUCUGCAGCUGGUUGCGCGGGCCGUUGCCAUGGCAACAGUCGUGCGGCCAGACCUGGCGCUGAUCCAGAACAUGGUGAACUGCUUUGACAAACCCAAUAAACACGAGGUGCCGUCUUCAGGACAGUACCUGGCCAGGUUCCUGUCCAACACUUCCUUCUCUGGCCUGACUGGCCCGGUGAGAGUGCACAAGAACCUGUCUCACAUCCUCACCUCACAGCGCUUCCACAUUUGGAGCCUGCGUCGCGAUGCACUUGGCCAGCCCACCUGGGUCACCGUGGCCAGCUGGGAGGGGGGGCAGCUAGAUGUGGAGGACCAAAGUGUGUUUGCGGGGCCAAGCCAGCACCAACGGAUAGAGGGGGUGGGUGGGAGGAAUGGGGGCCGAUGGCAGGUGGGCAUGCCUGUGGCGGGGAGUCGGGUGCGUGUGGUGACCCUGGUAGAGCACCCAUUUGUGUUCACGCGGGACGUGGAUGACGAGGGGAACUGCCCGGCGGGUCAGUUCUGUCUGGAUGCUGGAACAAACAGCUCUGACUCUCUGGAGAAAUAUUUCCUCCAAGUCGCCAUGGGCAACAGCAGCCUCUUGCCUGCGGAAUACGGGAAGUGUUGCUAUGGAUACUGUAUUGACCUGCUGGAGAAGCUGGCUGAGGACCUGAGGUUUGAAUUUGACCUUUACAUUGUUGGCGAUGGAAAAUACGGAGCGUGGAAAGGAGGCCGCUGGACGGGGCUGGUGGGAGAUCUUCUGAACGAAGUAGCAGACAUGGCGGUGACAUCCUUCAGCAUAAACUCAGCACGGAGCAAAGUCAUUGACUUCACCUCCCCCUUCUUCUCCACCAGUCUUGGCAUCUUAGUCCGCAGUAAGGAUACUGCAGCCCCCAUUGGUGCCUUCAUGUGGCCCCUGCACUGGUCCAUGUGGGUCGGCAUCUUUGUGGCUCUGCAUAUCACCGCCCUCUUCCUCACUCUUUAUGAAUGGAAGAGUCCAUUUGGUAUGACCCCUCACGGACGAAACCGGGUCAAAGUGUUUUCGUACUCGUCUGCACUCAACCUGUGCUACGCCAUCCUGUUUGGACGGACGGUUUCGUCUAAGACACCCAAGUGCUGGACGGGUCGGUUUCUGAUGAACCUUUGGGCAAUCUUCUGCCUGCUGGUUCUGUCCAGCUACACAGCCAAUCUGGCAGCUGUCAUGGUGGGAGAAAAGACCUUCGAGGAGGUUUCUGGAAUCCACGACGCCAAGCUCCACCAUCCAUCACAUGGUUUUCGUUUUGGGACAGUGAAGGAGAGCAGCGCUGAGGAUUACAUGAAGAAGAGUUUUCCAGAGAUGCAUGAGUACAUGAGGCGCUUCAAUGAGCCCACCACGCCAGAAGGCGUAGCCGCUCUCAAGUUGGAUCCUCCUCAGCUGGACGCCUUCAUCAUGGACAAAGCUCUGCUGGACUACGAAGUCUCCAUAGACGCUGACUGCAAACUGGCAACAGUAGGAAAACCCUUCGCCAUAGAGGGUUAUGGGAUCGGUCUGCCGCAGAACUCCCCGCUCAGCUCCAACAUCUCCGAGUUCAUCGGCAGGUACAAGUCCGAUGGAUACAUGGACAUGCUGCACGACAAGUGGUACAAGGUGGUUCCAUGUGGGAAGAGGGUCUUCGCCGUCACCGAGACCCUACAGAUGGGGAUUCGUCAUUUUUCGGGUCUCUUUGUGUUGCUGUGUGUCGGUGUGGCCGGAGCGCUGCUGAUGCUGGCCGGAGAACACGCCUUCUACCGGCUGGUGCUGCCACACAUCCGCCGCCGCCGCCGGUUCCAGUACUGGCUUCAUACCAGCCAGAAAAUCCACCGAGCUCUCAAUGCGACUUAUGAGGACGUGAAGAGACAGCGAGCGGAGAGAGAGAAAAGCUGCAACCUGCAGAAGUCUCAGAGCCCCCCUCACCCUCCUCUCCCUGGUACCUCAGCCAAGUGGAACAAUAAGAGCAACAUGGAGGACGGGAAGGACAACAACAAACACGUCCACUUCAACUUGGAGACACUCAACACCCGAUGUCUCCUCACCCACGCCUGUGGCUCCACCUCCCAGGGAGGCAGGGGAGGAGCCACAGCAAGAGAGGGGUUAGUGGGGUUGAGGGCGGGGCCAGACACUUGUUUAUGUGAGAACGGCGGACCCUCUGCUCCCACCUCGACCACCACACCUCCGCCUGCCUGCCCCUCACCCUCUUCUCUCGCAGUUCCUCCCACUGCAGGAGAACUGCAGGAGCUUCAGGAGAAGAUCGAGGAGAUCAGAGACCAGCUGAGGACAGCUCUGGCCAGAAGGGCUGAGAUCCAGACUACUCUGGCCAAAGAAAAGGCAACUCCUUUUGCUGCAGUAGCAGCAAAUCUGUCCCGUCCGAUUCCCACGGUGGCAGGAAACCCCCCCACUCCCUUCCCCCCAAACACUCGCUGUGCAACCACCAUGACGGACCCGCCAGUCAAAGGCUUGUCCAAAGUCCGCCUCCUCCCCAGCAGACACGCCAAUGAGAGGAGGUGA